AUGGACGGUGAUGUGUUGACGAAUGAAGCUGAAAAACUGAAAUUGCUGUCCACGUCCAGAGGGCUCAGGAUUCCAAACAUUGAUGAAAUAGGCGAGAAUUUUAGCGUUAGGGACUACAAUCUUGCAUUGAUCGAUGUUGGAAAUAAAUUUGAAGCGGUUUAUCCCAUCAUUCAGGACUUCCGCUCCAAAAAGUUCAUGUACGAAUUUUACACAAACUGGAAUCCAUUCUUAUUUCAAAAUGACCAGAGAUGCAAGCCGUUCUUUGUUGAGGAGAUAGAAGGAUAUGGGUUCGAUUCGGAUACGGGGAGCUGUAAAUGCCCGGGUGUUUAUUUACCCUGCACCUUAAAUCAGUCUAUAAACGACAAAGCCUCCUGGUCAAAUUUUUUAGAGAAUGCCUCUGGAAAAAAACAAACAAAAAUCAGUCCCGAAAAUCUGAAAAUAGCCAUUAGCAACCUUGAAGGAAUAGACAUAAAUGGAAAGUUGCUGGAAAGGGAGGGAAAUCUGACCAGCGAUGACUCAAAGGAUCUUGUUUGCAAAUCCUCAGACGUAAUCCUGUGUUCCGUUCAAGACAUUGAAUCCCAGACUACUGAGUGGUCUGACUGGACUGGGUGUAGCACCAAAUGUGGACCCGGGAUUCAGCAGAGGAUGAAGAUCCACUACGAUGGUACAAAAUACUCCUUAAUCAAGGAAUCCAAGCCUUGUGAGCUGGAGAAGUGCGCCUAUUCUAGUGGAGAUACACCGCCCAGAUGUGCAUUGAGAACCAUUGAAGAGAACGAUAAGUUUUCGGUGGUCAACAAAUGUGAGUGCCCUCGAGUAGAAGAUAAAAUAUGUACAUCAGAAGAAGCCAGAAAAUCCAUACACCACUGGUUGCCUGGAUUUAGACGUUUCUGUGAGUCCGAACUAAACGCCAAUGAAGAGACUAACAUCAUACAAGAGGAUCUCGUUGACCACAAAAGGGAUAUAAUGGGAAGCAACAUCAAAAUAGAGUUCUCAGACGGAUUCUAUGUCGACUGCUCAGAAAAUUGGGGAAUAAACGAAGUUGACUACCUACACAUAUACUGCAAGUCAGGAUCACCCAUACUAUGCAAAAAUAUGGAAGAGUAUCAACCAAUAAAAUUCUCAGCAUUGGAAAAGGAGAAAAUCUUAGGAAUACCUACAUAUUUAAUAGUAAUUGUGUGGGCAGUUCUCGUGUAUGGAACAUACAGAGUAAUUAAAAAGUGUUUUGAGGGUAGAAAACAAAAAUAA